CGGCGGAAUCUUGCCGGAUUCUCACUUUAGUUUAUAACCGCGUUCACGUGGCCAUUACUGACGCUUGAUGUUGAAAAUUAUUUUUUGGAAAGAUGCCUUUCCUUGACCGCAUCUCUGACAUCUAUGAAAAACCAAGACGGUUGAAAAUGGAUAGAUAUUUGAAAUGACAAGCCCCAUGUUUAUCAAAUGUCACUGACACAAGAUGGCCGUUCCGGUUGGCACACAUCAUCUCAUCUAGUUCUACAUACGCGUUAUAUUGUGCUUAAAGUCUUGUGGGACCCACGAAUGCGAAAGCUUACAAGUCGUAAACUGGCAACAAAAGCAAGACGAAAGCGAAAACUUUUUAUUAUCAAAGUUAUUUUGACAACUUAAAGAGAUGUCUUGUUUUCGCGGCGAUCCCAACUUCUGUCCAGAGUGUGGGAAUGUUCUUCCUCUACCAGGGCUUCUAAACGCCGUGCGGUGUCCCCGCUGUUCCUUCUCCAUCGCUGUAUCGGAGUUUUCAGGUCGGGAAAUUCGCUCAACUGUUGUCUUUAAUCCAUUGGACAAGUCCUCUCUGGUUCAAGAGGAUAGCGAUGAGUCUAAAAUGAAGGGUCCUGUGAUCGACAGACGUUGUUCCCGCUGCAAUAAAGAAGGCAUGAUUUAUCACACCAGGCAAAUGAGAUCUGCAGACGAAGGCCAGACCGUCUUCUUCACUUGUGUACACUGCAGGUUUCAAGAGAAGGAAGACUCCUGAGAGGAUUUCCGUGUGGCUGCUCCGCUUUUAUGUUUUGCUAAAGAGACGGGAUUGAAUUUAAGGACAGCACCUGCAUUGUUAAACUUUUACUUCAAUCUUGUCCCAAUAUUUUGGUGUAAAUUUUUUUUUCUUAAUCGCUGUAAUAUUUCUGUAUGUAUUGUAUUCUAUAAAACAUUUGUUGAACUGACAUUUUGUAUUUUGCACUAUAGAUGUCACAAUUAAAUGCUUAUACUUUAGAUAUAUUUUUAUAGAUUUUCUUUAUGCAACAACUCAGUUCUGAAAUGCAUUUGAUCUGUUAAGGGGCAGCACGUUCAACCUAUUGACUAAUCCAAGAAUGAUUAGCUAGUGGCGAGCUAGAUAUUAUAUUAAUAAUAAA